CUGCGGGCCGGGGGUCUCUGAGCCCUCCGCACAGCACUUUCGGCGCGAACUUGGGGGCGGCGGCCACCGUGCCUCCGGCGCCAGCGGCAAGGAGGAGCUUCCAGCCGCGUCGCACGCAGCCGCCGGGGACGCGGAGCCGGCGCGGCGAACAGUAAGGGGACCGGCGGCCGUCUCGGACUCCCGGCGCCGCAGCGCCCUGCUCCGCUCCCCGGCCACAUCUAGGGAGAAGGAAUCGUGUCCGUGCCACCUCGCUCAGGCUUCCGCUUGUCCCCGGCUCGGGGACCCGAUACGACAGGCGCCGCGGGACAGACGGCUGCGCGCUGCGGAGAGCGGAGAGCCCCGGCCGUGGAGUCCCGCACAUGUCUCUGCGGUCAUCGCGCCCGGGCCUCGGCGGUGUGAGGCCAUGGACGAGUGAUGUUGGAAUCACCUGGAGGCCUGCUGGAAGGGAGGACAAUGAGGUUUUGGCGCAGAGCAGAAAGAUCAGAAUUGGCAUGCCCAGCUGAUGCCGAUGGUUUUUAAGUGCUGCUCUGCAAAUCCUGCCAAGUAGGCUGGGGAGCAGACGCUUGCAACUGAAGCUACAGCACAACCCUUCAUCGUGGAUUGUUUCCAGUAUCCAGACCUCCACAUGUCAGCAGUAGGCUCCUGAUGCGGUCCAUCCUCCUCCACCCCUCCUCACUGUUUUCAAAGAGAGAGGGCCUUCAGGAAACACACCCCAAAAGUGCAGGCAGGCCAGCCAUGAGAGGGUACCUGGUGGCCCUAUUCUUGAGUUGCGUCUUCCUCUAUUAUGUGCUACACUGUAUCCUGUGGGGAACAAAUGGCUAUUGGGUACCAUCUAUGGAUGUCAAGAGUAAAAAUAUCAACACUUGUCCAAAAAAGCCAGCUUUCAGCUCUCUCCUAAGGUUUCCCCAGUUUUACCCCUUUCUGUGUACAUCUGAUUUUGCAAGGAUUACUUCUAUGUACGGUACCAAUAAUUUUGUUUUACCCUAUGGGAUAAAGUCAUCAGCGCCAUAUUUUCGAACUGUCCUUUCAAAACUGAAGAGCUGUGAUCUCUUUGAUGAGUUUGACAAUGUGCCGUGUAAAAGGUGUGUGGUGGUCGGUAAUGGAGGCGUGUUGAAGAAUAAGACAUUAGGAGAAAAAAUCGACUCCUAUGAUGUGAUCAUAAGAAUGAAUAAUGGUCCUGUUUUAGGACAUGAAGAGGAUGUUGGGAGAAGGACAACCUUCAGGCUUUUUUAUCCAGAGUCUGUCUUUUCAGAUCCCACUCACAAUGAUCCCAACACCACGGCAAUUCUCAUUGUCUUUAAGCCACAGGAUUUAAGGUGGCUCUGGGAAAUAAUGAGUGGUACCAACAUAAACACUAAUGGUUUUUGGAAGAAGCCAGCCUUAAACUUGAUCUAUAAGCUAUACCAAAUCAGAAUAUUAGAUCCGUACAUUAUCAGAGAAGCAGCUCAUCACCUGCUUCAUUUUCCCAAAGUUUUCCCCAAAGAUCAGAAACCCAAACACCCCACGACAGGAAUUAUUGCCCUCACACUGGCAUUUCACAUAUGCAGUGAAGUUCACCUGGCUGGUUUCAAGUACAACGUUAACAACCCAAACAGUCCUUUACACUACUAUGGGAAUGCCACCAUGUCUUUGAUGAACAAGAAUGCAUAUCACAAUGUGACUGCAGAGCAGCUCUUUUUAAAGAGAAUUAUAGAGAAAAAUAUGGUAAUCAACUUGACUCAAGAUUGACCAUACAGAUUCAAAGGAUGAUGCUAAAUAGUAUUAGUUUUAUUUUUGUACUGAAAAUUUUAGUUUAUUUUUAAAUAUGUUGAAUGAACUCAUCAAAUUAUUAUUAUAUGUAUUGUCUGUUGAUGCCUGGUGAUUUAUAACCACCAGCUUAAUUUCUGUGAAUGUAUUUAUGAAAUACAAAACAAACCUUUUAGUUAUGAUAUCAGGGAACUAUUUAAAGUUUUGACUUGUUUAAAACAAGCUGGUGUUUUGAGGUGUUUUAAAAUACCUUUUUGUAGUCCCUUCAUCUUAGAGUUCUAGGUGAUUUAGUUGACGUCACUAGUUUUGAUGGUCACAUGUCCAUCAAAUUAUUUAUUAUUUGUUAUUCCUGCCAUAUGACUGAGGUCCAGGUGCAGGAAACUAGAACCACUUGGUUUUGGAAGUCCAUGGUGUGGUGUUCAUAGUGGUUUAAUUAAGUUCCCCAUGCAAUUAAGUAAACUAGUAAUAACUUGCAGUGUUAGGGAGUAAAUCAGUCUUUUCUUAUAUAUGCUAAGAUGAGCACUCUCACCUUGAUGAGCGUCCUGAGAUUUUUUUUGUGGGGGGUGGGAUGAGGCACGUUCUUACUAUGUAGCCUAGGCUGGCCUUGAGAACUUGGGUUCUUGCCUCAUCUUCCCAAGUUCUGGGAUUACAAUUGUGUACCACUGUACCCUACAGCAUCAUUUUUUUAAAUUAAAAGAAAAAAAACAUUUUUUUUUUUUAAAGACAAGAUUUAUGUAAGCUCUGGAUGGCUUAGAACUACAGUGCAGUCCAGGCUGGCCUUGAACUCAGAGAUGGGCCUACCUCUGCCUCUGGAGUGCAGGGAUAAGGUCAAGAAUGAGAAACUUAAGUAUUUUCCCAGUCUAAUGUAUCCAUUGACUCUUAAUUGUUUAUUUGAAGCAAAUCAGAAAAGUAAACCAAUGAAAGUAAAGCCUUAAGA